GUACUCUGGAAGUUAGGUUAAUGGGCUGCCAAGAUAUUUUGGAAAACGUCCCUGGUCGAUCAAAAGCCACAUCGAUUACGCUACCUGGUUGGAGUCCAAAUGAAGCCAGAUCAUCUUUCAUGAGCAGAACCAGCAAAAGUAAAAGUGGGAGUAGUAGAAACCUUCUGAAAACUGAUGACUUGUCCAAUGAAGUCUGUGCUGUACUGAAGCUGGAUAACACUGUGGUUGGUCAAACUAGCUGGAAACCUAUUUCCAAUCAGUCCUGGGAUCAGAAAUUUACACUGGAACUAGACAGGUCACGUGAAUUAGAAAUCUCAGUUUACUGGCGUGACUGGAGAUCUCUGUGUGCAGUGAAGUUUCUGAGGUUGGAAGACUUCCUGGAUAACCAACGACAUGGCAUGUGUCUCUACCUUGAACCCCAGGGCACUCUGUUCGCAGAGGUUACGUUUUUUAAUCCAGUCAUUGAAAGAAGACCAAAACUCCAGAGGCAGAAGAAAAUUUUUUCAAAACAGCAAGGCAAAACAUUUCUCAGAGCUCCUCAAAUGAAUAUUAAUAUUGCCACUUGGGGGAGGCUGGUAAGAAGAGCUAUUCCUACAGUAAAUCACUCUGGUACCUUCAGCCCUCAAGCACCAGUGUCUGCUACCGUGCCAGUGGUUGAUGCACACAUUGCUGAACUAUCACCGCCAGCCAGUGACUCUCCUGUAGCCAAAUUGGACUUUGACACUGAGCCUGAGCCUCCGCCUGCUCCACCCCGUGCAUCUUCCCUUGGGGAAAUAUGUGAAUCUUCCUCUGAGAUAAAGGCUUCUGAUGUGCCAUCUCAGGAUGAAGGAACAACUUUUGAUUUUGAAAAUGGCAGAAAUAGUAUUGUCCCAAAACUCCAGCCUGAAAUAAUCUGUGAGCCUGAUGCUCCCCAUUCAGACAUAAAAUACACCAGCACCCGAGAGCCUGAAGAUAGAAGAUCACAACAAAGAUUUCAAUUCAGCCUCAAGGAUUUCAGAUGUUGUGCUGUACUGGGCAGAGGACAUUUUGGAAAGGUGCUGUUGGCAGAGUACAAAAACACAAACGAGAUGUUUGCUAUUAAAGCCUUAAAGAAAGGAGAUAUUGUUGCUCGUGAUGAAGUAGACAGCUUGAUGUGUGAAAAGCGAAUAUUUGAAACUGUGAAUAGUGUAAGACAUCCCUUCUUGGUGAACCUUUUCGCCUGUUUCCAAACCAAAGAUCAUGUUUGCUUUGUAAUGGAAUACGCUGCUGGUGGGGAUCUGAUGAUGCACAUUCAUACUGAUGUCUUCUCUGAACCAAGAGCAGUAUUCUAUGCUGCAUGUGUGGUUCUUGGACUUCAGUAUUUACAUGAACACAAAAUCGUGUAUAGAGAUUUGAAGUUGGAUAACUUAUUGCUGGACACAGAAGGCUUUGUGAAAAUUGCUGACUUUGGUCUUUGCAAAGAAGGAAUGGGAUUUGGAGACAGAACAAGCACAUUCUGUGGCACACCGGAAUUUCUUGCUCCAGAGGUGCUGACAGAAACUUCCUACACGAGAGCUGUGGACUGGUGGGGUCUUGGUGUGCUCAUCUAUGAGAUGCUAGUGGGUGAGUCUCCCUUCCCUGGAGAUGAUGAAGAAGAGGUGUUUGACAGUAUUGUAAAUGAUGAAGUGAGAUAUCCACGAUUUUUGUCUACAGAAGCCAUCUCCAUAAUGAGACGGCUGCUACGAAGAAAUCCAGAGCGGCGUCUUGGAGCUGGAGAGAAAGAUGCUGAGGAUGUGAAAAAGCAUCACUUCUUCAGGCUAAUAGAUUGGAAUGCUUUACUGGCCAAGAAAGUGAAGCCUCCUUUUGUACCCACCAUUAGAGGACGAGAAGAUGUUAGUAAUUUUGAUGACGAAUUUACCUCUGAAGCACCUAUCCUCACUCCACCUCGGGAACCAAGGAUACUUUCAGAAGAAGAGCAGGAAAUGUUCAGAGAUUUUGACUACAUUGCUGAUUGGUGUUAACUUCUCGACACUGUGAAACCCCAGCUGACUGGCUCACAAGAAUGCCUCUCUCAGAAGAAUACCGACCCUUUGAUUGCCCUCUGUGCCACCUGUAGCUUCUGGGUUUUUUUAAAUCACAUGAAGAUCCUUUUAAGUACUGUUUUAACACUCUUGUGAAGAGUGGCCUCUUUGUAUAUUGUUUUUUAUCUGAGCACUGGAAAGCAGGUGUAUGGAGUUCUUAAGCCGAGUUGGUGAAUCCAGGCUGUAUUAAGCUUCCCACACAUGGGCACACAUGGAUCUGUACGGUUUCUCUCACUCUUCCACAGCAGAUGACAUCACUUUAAGUAUCUGCCUUAAGUGGGGAAAAGCAGACUUUGAACUAGGUAAUCACUUAUCUCAGCCACACUGAAAGAGCAGUUUGGGAUACUGAUGGCACUCACACAGAACAUGGUUCUAGCUGGAGAAGGCAAAUUAUUUCAGUUCAAUAUUAUCUUGUGCAGUCUAUAAAACCACACAUUUCUAUGUACACCUUCAACUUGUGUUCUUAAAAGAAGGGUAUUGAG